GUACGUCAAGUAUUGAAGAAAAAAUAAACACUGACAACAUGACAACCGCAUUCAGAAACAACUGUCGCAAGAUCAUUUGCAUUGGCCGGAAUUAUGCAGACCACAUCGCCGAACUAAACAACGCAAAACCAAAACAACCAUUUUUCUUCCUCAAACCUACUUCGUCACUUCUACUUCCCGGUCAAGGCCCCGUGCUUAUCCCCAAGGGCGUCAAGGCGCAUUAUGAAGUCGAGCUAGGACUCGUUAUUGGGAAGAAGUUGACGGAUCUGGAUCCUGAGGAUCAUCAGACUGCACUUGAUUCUAUUUCGAGCUACCUCCUAGCAAUAGACAUGACAGCCCGCAACGUCCAAGACGAAGCCAAAAAGAAAGGUCUCCCCUGGUCCAUAGCCAAGGGCUUCGACACAUUCUGCCCCAUAUCAAACCUGAUCCCGAAAUCUGUGAUUCCGGACCCCCACAACGCGUUUCUGAGGCUUAGUGUCGGCGAUCAAGUGCGACAGGCAGAUUCGACGAAUUUGAUGCUUUACAGGAUCCCGAGACAGUUGGCUGAUAUUUCCAGGGUUAUGACUCUUGAGCCUGGAGAUUUGGUAUUGACGGGUACGCCCAAGGGGGUGGGACAGGUUAAGGAUGGGGAGGUGAUGAGGGCGGAAAUUGAAGUUGAUGGGAAGCAGAUUGAGAGGAUUGAGGUGGAGGUUAGAGAUAGGGUGGAAGGGAGAUAUGAGUUUAAGGAAACGUGAUGGUCUUUAGUGGAAUGGCUAAGGUAAAUAGAUUUUCGUGCGAGAUAUCAUGUUCAUACAAUACAUCAAAUGAGAUCUCUUAAGGUUGCUUC